AUGGAGUCCGCGGAGGACUGGCUGGUGGAAUCCUUGCGCUUGUACCAGGAUUUCCAUGCAUUCGACCUCCCAGGAGCCACUCGAGUCCUUGAAUGGAUUGGUGACAGAGGAGUUUUUGUUGCUGGCUAUGAAAAGUUGAAAAAAAAUGAAAUUCUUCACCUGACAUUACCUCCCCGACUUUCUGUAAAAGAAAACCAGGGCUUACUCCCCGAAAGAGAUUUCAAGGUAUGCCACGGAGGAUUUUCAGACAGGUCUAUCUUUGAUCUGAAGCACGUGCCAGACACCAGGUUGCUGGUGACCAGUGGCCUUCCCAGUUGUUACCUGCAGGUGUGGCAGAUCGCGGAGGACAGUGACGUCAUUGAAGCUGUCAGCACCAUUGCUGUGCAGGAGAAAGAGGGGAGUCUCUGGCCGAGGAUCGCCAUCUGCUCGUCGGUGGCACCUGGAGUCCUCCACGGGGCGCGGCUCAGCGGCCUGAAGGUUGUGGAUCUGGAAUCCCAGAAGGUCACGUACACCUCAGGUGUCAGUGACAGUGAGGAGCUGAGUAGCCUGCAGGUCCUGGAUGCAGACACCUUUGCCUUCUGCUGCCCCUCGGGCCGGCUGGGGCUCGUUGACACCCGCCAGAAGUGGGCGCCGGCAGAGAAUGUCAGCCCCAGCCCCGGGUCUGGUGGAGGGAGGUGGUGUGCAGAAGUCAGGGGCAAGUGCCGGGACCCUGGGCCCAACAUUGCCAGCCUGUGCUCAGAUGGGCUGCUCCGUCUUCUUGACCCUCGGGAUCUCUGCCACCCUGUGCGCUCAGUGCAGUGCCCAGUGUCCACACCCAGCCCUGACCCAGAGCUGCUGCGAGUGACCUGGGCUCCAGGCCUGGACAACUGCUUGGCCAUUUCAGGUUUUGAUGGGACAGUCCAAGUCUAUGAUGUCACGUCUCGGGAUGGAAUGGAGGGCCACAUAGAACCUCUCUUCACUCACAGAGGUCACGUCUUCCUGGAUGACCAUGGGACAGGCGCUGCUCCACUGGUCACCACCCACACCUGGCACCCCCGCAAGCCCAGGACUUUGUUGUCGGCAGCAAGUGAUACCUCUGUGCACGUGUGGGACUGGGUGGACCUCCGUGCCUCCCGCUGACACCGGCGCCUUCCUGCCAGGCCCCUGGAAGAGGAGCUGCUGUAUGUACAACAAGGGUCCUGAUUUAGGACUCCCAGUCCCUCUUUCCAGCGGAGUGGCCUUGGGCCAGUUAAGCAGCCUCUCUUAGCCUCAGUGUCUUUAUUGGUAAAAUGAGAAUAGUAGUAACUACCUCGCAGGGUGGUUGGGGAAGUUAGAAGAAAUAUAUGGGAAAAUACCAGGUAGGACGCAUGAUAAGAGAUGUUUUUUUAAAUAUGUUUUAUUGAUUUUUGACAGAGAGGAAGGUUGAGGGAUAGAGAGUUAGAAACAUCCAUCAGCUGCCUCCUGCACACCACCUCACUGGGGAUGUGCCUGCAACCAAGGUACAUGCCCUUGACCGGAAUCGAACCUGGGACCUUUCAGUCUGCAGGCCGUCAUUCUAUCCACUGAGCCACACCGGUCAGGGCACAUGAUAGAGAUUUGGUGGCUACUCUUAGACCAGACAGUUGUGGGCGACAGGAUCCUGCUGCUUCCAGCAGGUGUCAAUCCCUCAGGUUUUGGGCACGAGAGACGCCUUCCUCACCUAAUGGACUGUCAGAGGCUUUCUCGAGAGUAAUGCUGACCAUGCACACUCAUUCCCGGUGUACUGACUUCACAGCCCAAUCCCCGUGUGAGCUCUGGCUCCCGGCACUUUGUACAGUUGGGAGGCUGAUAUAACAUAGUGAUUAAGACACUUGUGUUGGAGUCAGACAGUUCAGAGUGUGGAUGUGUAGAAGGCUUCAGAGACAGGUCUGGGGCCCAGGCCCACUGCAGCCUCUCUUGGGGCUGCUCCUGUCAACCCCUAAGCAAAACUCAGAGAUCCAUCCAACAAUACAGCUACUUUGCAACAGGACCCAAAGGAUCAGCAUUUUAAGAAGUUUUCAUUUAACAACAGGGAUCGCUCAGAGCAACCAAGGUUGUGCAUUCUCUGAAGAGCCAGUCUGAACUUGGGAGGAAAACUGCAUUUCCCAGGAAUAGGCAAAUUCCACUUUGACACAAACAGCGGAGUAUUACACAUCCCCCUCACUGCUGGCAACCCGGGUUGCUCCGUCGCUCACAUUCCUCUAUUUUGAUUAGUCAGAACUAGGUUCCAUAUCUCACCUGCAGCCCCCAUCUCCCGGGUUCUGCAAGUCCUCCAGCCACUGCCUCCUCUCCACUUCCUGGGUGUUUUGUCUCACCCAGAUCUGGGUCCCCUGGGGAAGGACAGGCAGGUACUCUUCCAGAACUAGCAACACCAGGAUCUGCUCUUUCGUACACUUCUCUGGCCUCAGCGCCUGGCGAUGAGCUCCCUGAGUUGGAUCCGAGCCUCCUGGGGUGCUGAUGCUUCUUGAUAGUGGAAAUGCCCAAAGCGCUGGCAGGAGGUCCCUGGUCCGGGGCCACUCCCUUGAAGGGAAUUUCCUGCUCGCAGUGAGAAUCUUCUUCCAGCUUCACUAUUCGAAGCUCUGCUUGUAGUUGAGGAGCCUGGAUUUGUUGAUUGUUCAGCUGAGAGAAGAACCUUACAACCGUG